GUUCGUCUAAAUGUUAGAGAUCAGCUGUUGCUAAAGGGCUCCUGCGUCUGUAUGCGUGCUGCUGCGCGCCAAGCUUACAAGGCCCUGCCACAGCAUUGCGUUGCUGCUGCUUCUUCUUUCGAUAGGAACAAGGCUGAUGGCGGCUAAUGUGCUACUACUAGUUUCGCUACGAGAGGACCCUCCGUCAAAGGAGAGGUGUCCGUCUCAGACAGCGCGCCCACAUCCGCUGAGUGAUCAACGAGUUGACGCUGGUUGGCGGCUGGAACGCUACCUUAGACAAACCACACUUCAAUUAAGCAGUGUGCGCAUUCAAACUCGCCUGCGACACGAGGGUAAAUUUCUGUAGUUCAGCGACAGUAAGGUGUCCAGCCUGUCGAUGUUAGUGGUUAGGCGUGCUGCUCUUACCGUUACGACGUGUCACCACAGUGGUGCUACUUGGAUUUCUGGUACUGCAAGUACAGUUGUACGAAUAUUUCUGCGACAGGUGCGGAUAGAGACAAAAUAGUCAUCGGUUACGGUGAAAAGGAUGAUCCACGGAGGUUGGAGAAUCGAAAACGAAGGCAAAACGUCGAUUAUAUCUUCAACAUAACAAAACCACUAAACCAGCUGCGGACUGAGGGCAUUGAUUACUGACCGAGUUCUUACAGCCAUAUUAGUGUGUAAAACAACAUUUUCAAAGCGAGCUCUCAUUGUCGCCGCAAACCUGGCCAUAUUUCCCUCCAUCACCACCGUCGCCACGUACCUUUGGCCCUGUCUAUCAAGGUAUACUUAUCCAAAAUUCGUUUUUAGAAUUGGGGCACCUUUAGUCCCUUGAAUCUCUCGGUGGGAUAGUGUUAUUUCCCUAACGAAGCAUUACUACAAGCGUGAUUGACCAGCUUUAAGAGGAUAUGAGCAGAAGAGACGCAAGAUUAGGAAUAGUUCGAGUAAUAUAGCGACCCUAGGCUGGUAGGGGCAUAGCUGGACGGGAGCGCCCUCGGUGGAUACCUCUGAAAACAAGGAACCUGUUGUCUAUUCUUCAUUGGAGCGUUCUUCUCUCAGCCGCGGCUAACAAAAAUUGUCUUCCCCUGGUCAUACGGAACCGCACAGGUGGUAGUCUAGUUUUUUGCUGUUUUUAGUUUUUGCUACUGUUACUGGUCUUAUCGUAACGCGUGAUGUUUAAUAUUUAGACCCGGAACCGCUUGUAAUGAUCCGGGACGUCGCCUCGAUAGCUAUUGUUGUUAUCGCUGUAUCAACAGCUUUUAACGCUCUCCUUGGUGACGCGUUCGAGCAUGGCGAAGAGGCGGAGUCGUAACCGCAAUAAUCUUCGAAUUCGUUCUGUAUAAUUCGGGAAGGACGUAAGGAAACGUCGUUCGCUGAGUAAAUCGAAUGAGUUGCACCCUUGCAUUUUUUCUACUCUGUGUCAUGCAUCAAGUAAGACAAGAAGAAUCGAUCGGAGCUGGAUAGAAUCUCGGAACGAGUCUAAGACAAUGUGCAGAUUCGACAUGGUGUCGGUUGUAUCGAAAUGUGGCGGAAUCUGCUACUGACUGUGAUCAAUGUGAAAUAACGUAGGAUCUCCGUUUGAAGUCUUCUUUAUGUUUUUUUUUUUUUUUUUUAUAACAUAUACUAAACAGGAAAGCUGAAUCGGACGGUUCCGUUGGAUAAGGAUAGCAGAAAUUCCUGAGUUGCGGGAAGAUUUCCCAAGAUAUAUCGCGGUGCCCGGCGGCGCCUCUUCAUCAUUUGCCGGGAUGGGCCGAAGCUAUAAGCGCUCUGAGAUUUCUUGAAAGUUACCCAGGAGGUCAGAAAGACGGAACACACCUUGUUAAUAACGACUAUAGCCCAGGGUGGCUGACCCAGCGAAAGAUCACCGUGCUGGCCGGGCACGCAGGUUGUGGAAUACAAGCGAACCGGAUCCAGACCAGCGGUAACCAGACCGCCCUUGACAACUGCCGACCGCUGAUAUUCGUAUUGGUAUCGGAGUGGAAAUCGUGUCUUUCGGACGUUGUCGUAUUAUAGGUUGGCGGCUUGUUCACUUGCAUCGGUCGUCAGCUGAUCCAGGAAGCCGACAAUAUGUUGAUCAAGGAGUACCGUAUUCCGCUUCCACUCUCUGUCGAGGAGUACCGGAUAGCUCAGCUGUAUAUGAUUGCCAAAAAGAGCAGGCAGGAAAGUAGUGGGUCGGGUAGCGGCGUCGAGAUAUUCGUCAAUGAGCCUUACGAAGAUGGGCCUGGCGGUCAAGGACAAUUCACCCACAAGAUCUAUCAUGUGGGCUCACAUCUGCCAGGAUGGCUUAAGAGUCUCGUGCCAAAAAGUGCUCUAACCGUUGAAGAGGAGGCAUGGAAUGCAUAUCCAUAUACUAAGACCAGGUACACGUGUCCUUUUGUCGAUCGGUUUUCAUUGGAGAUUGAGACGAAGUAUUUUGAUGAUGCUGGCGAUAAGGAAAACGUGUUUGAGCUCAGCGGAAAUGAAAUACGGAAUCGACAAAUCGAUCUGAUUGACGUCGUCCGAGAUCAGUUACCACCGGCUGAUUAUAUCGAAUCCGAGGACCCGACAAUAUACAAAUCGGAGAAGUCCCAACGGGGUCCACUAGAUGAGAAUUGGAUUGAUGAACAUCGAGGAAAAACCAUUAUGUGUGCUUACAAGUUGUGCAAAGUGGAAUUUCGAUAUUGGGGCAUGCAAACAAAGAUCGAACGAUUUAUCCACGAUGUCGCUCUACGGAAGACCAUGCUGCGGGCUCACCGGCAAGCGUGGGCAUGGCAGGACGAGUGGCUUGGACUCACCAUGGAAGAUGUACGGCGCAUUGAGGCCGAAACACAAGCCGAACUUGCUAGGAAGAUGGCGACCGCCAACAGAGGUGGAUUCGAAGGUGAAGCUCAGGAAGGUAGCCAAGGGGAUGUGGAUUUAAAAUCAAUUGACGCCGAUUCAAGUGAGCCCCUCGAGCUCCAGAGCGUCGGUAAUGUGAAGGACACAGGCUCGAGCUACCAAAAGGCUGGCAAUAUACAUAAACCGCUCUCUGUGUGCCCUUCACUAGAGGGGAAACGUGGCCUGCGAUCAGGGUCAAGACACACGCUACACUCUCCCGGGGACGAGAGCUGGCGAAUGGUGGGCAUAGAACGUGAUUCCGACUCGGAAAGCGAAGAGUUUUUCGAUGCCGAGGAUUUCGAAGAAGCAGCAGCAGCAGCAGCAGCAGCACAAGAUGUAUCGCAUAGUCCGUUAGCAAAAUGGAGUUCUGUUGAAAUGGUGCAAAACAACGCUGAGGCCAGUAGUGGCACAGAGGAGAGCAUCUUUGCGCCAUCGCACAUCAGGCGAACCCAGGAGCGGGCUCAACACUCCCACCUGGAGACGACGACUUCAGGACACUCCUCGCCUGCCGCCUCGCCUGGUCACCAGAUGGCACUAAUCUGCCCCACGUCAGUGCUUGUUCUUGUGCUGCAUGGAGGAUACAUCCUCGACCACGGACUUGAACAGGGUCAACCGAAAAGUACGGACGUAGCAACAUUUGCCCACGUACUCGAAGCCGUUAUUAAGCAGCACUAUCCGACGUUGCAAUCGCGUAUAGUCACGAGACUAGUUGCUUGCCCAGCAAUGUGCGCUGAGGCACUAGCUGUACUCAGUAAUCUGAGUCCGUUUAGUUUCCAAAGUUCGCCCUCGUUUGAAGGCAUUAGUUACAACCAGAACCCGCUACCGAUAGCAGCGCUGCCCCUUUUCGCAGUGUCUACUCCUGAAUACGUCGACUACCUCAACUCAACAAUUAUGUCAGUGAACACUGUUUACCAUGACUUUCUCAAGUCACCGGAAGGACUGGGCUUCACGGGUCAGGUGGUCCUUAUCGGCGAUAGUCUUGGCGCAAUUCUGGCGUUUGAUGCGGUGUCGCGCUCGCCCAACCAGUUGACCAUCAGCGGAUCACAUUUUGGCAGUGAGACGAGCCUGCAGGAGAGCAAGAGCAAUCCGCUUAUAUCGAUCAGUAAUGAUGCGGGUACUGGAGAGCUUUCCGAUCGCUCCGCCACCGGAGGAGAACGUCGUUGUGUUACACCGGCGGCGAUUCUAGCAAACCCGACAGCACUCGCAGGCGACAUAGAUAGCCAGAUGGGAGCUGGGUUCUUCAACGCCCCUUCAUUUCAAAAGCUGCUUAGUGCGCAAAUCGCAAGCCAACGACCGAGAAGCAACUCUACAGGUAGUGAGAACCGGUUAGAGUUUGAGCCGUCGGACCUCUUCAUGUUUGGUUCGCCUGUUGCUUUGAUUCUUAGCUAUCGAAAGAUGGUAUCGGGCGAAGACAAGGCAAUGCCCAUUGUAAAAGCGGGUAAUACGCAGGUUUACAAUCUGUUCCAUCCGACGGAUCUUCUUGGUCUCCGGGUCGAACCCCUGAUUUCAGCCAAGUUUGCCCAGAUCCCUCCAGUUACCGUGCCGCGCUUUCAGAAGUAUCCGCUCGGCGAUGGCCAACCUAUACAUCUCUUGGAAUUCAUGCAGAGCCACGCACACCUGUUCAGCGAUACAACUGCGGCAGCGACAGGAAGCGGCGGGGCGCAGCAUAGUCAGAGCUCAACACCGGCACCUCCAUUUGGCACACUUCAAUCGACGCCGGCGCUGCCAAUCACUGGAAACAGCACCCCAGGGGUUUUUGCCACUGAGACCCCAUUGUCAAGCAGCGGUGGCAUUGGCAGCGGCGGUGGGGGUAGCACCUGCUGCAGCAAGGCUCCGACACCUACGCCGCCAGCGCCGAGCCCUAGUGGACGCCGAACAAGUGAAGCUUCAAUCUCAUCGACGAUGUCAGGCCUGUCCGACGCCGUCGUGCCAUUAUCCACCAUCCAAACACUCAGCAGCCGAUGGUGGGGCAACAAACGUAUCGACUAUGCCCUGUAUUGUCCAGAGGGGUUGGCCAACUUCCCGGCGCAGUCACUUCCGCAUCUAUUCCACGCAUCGUAUUGGGAAUCAUCGGACGUGGCGAGCUUUGUUAUCCGACAGUUGGUGAGAUGCGACUCUGUACAGCGGUGUCUCGAUAGCGAUGCGCCAACUUUCUCAUUUGUGGCCGGACAGCCCCGUGAGAAAUGGAAUAAGAAGAGAACUUCCGUCAAGAUCAAGAACGUAACCGCAAACCAUCGUGCCAACGACGUUAUCGUUAAAGAGGGAGCUCCUCAGCAACUUUCUGCCCGCUUUGUGUAUGGGCCGCUUGACAUGGUCAAUCUGAGCGGAGAAAAGGUGGAUAUCCACGUGAUGCGGGAUACCCGCACUGGUGAGUGGACACUUCUUGGUACAGAACAGACGGACAAGUCCGGACGUGUCAGUUUCCUCAUUCCCCAUGAUAAGGCUUUGUCCUGCGGCCUACAUCCCGUCAAGAUGGUGGUCAGGGGCGACCACACCACAGUCGAUUUUUUCCUAACUGUGGUACCGCCAAAAACCGAAGCGGUGGUAUUUUCAAUCGACGGAUCAUUCACCGCUUCCGUUUCGGUGUCUGGGCGGGAUCCGAAAGUGCGCGCAGGAGCCGUAGAUGUUGUCCGACAUUGGCAGGAACUCGGAUAUUUAAUCAUAUAUAUCACAGGGAGGCCCGAUAUGCAGCAGCGAAGGGUCGUGGCCUGGUUGGUACAACAUAAUUUCCCGCAUGGAUUGGUCUCAUUCGUUGAGGGUUUAUCGACGGGCCCAUUACAACACAAAACUGACUAUCUUCGUAAGCUGCAAAACGAGGCGGAGAUUAUUUACCAUGCCGCUUAUGGGUCGGCGAAAGACAUUAGUGUCUAUUCAGCACUAGGGAUCGCUCCGGAGAAAAUUUUCAUCGCAGGAAAGGUUGCCAAAAAGCUUCAGUCGCAGGCAACACCCUUAACUGACGGAUACGCACAGCAUUUAUCAGAUCUUCGAGCACCCGGAUCAGCGAUUUCAGCACGGCCGGCCCAGGGCAACGCACGGAUGUUAUUGUCAUCGUCGGUGCGCGGCCCAGGCGGAGCGUAUUUUGGUUUUCACGGCCUUUUACCAAAGAGGCGUCGAUCAGCGAAACGAACGUCAUCAUAUCCGCUACCGCCGCGUAGCCCUAACGCGGCUGGAUCCAAUACCGGGAUAGCAUUUAAUAACAGCAUUAAUUCGUACGCAACACCCAGCCAUAAAUACGGGGGCAACAGUGGCAGCAACAACCCCUAAUAGAACAUGACGCAAAGGACAAUGCUCCUCUUUAUAACAGUUUUAAUACUCCAGUACGAUCGUUUCAUUGUUAUAGAAAAAGGAAAAGCAAAUAGACAGGACAACUGCUAAAGACAUACGGAAGAAUAGGCACACACAUGAUGAUGUUCAAGGCGCUACUUGAAAUUUCAGUUUAUAAAAGAUUAUGCACAGUACGUUGACUUGAUUGAGCACUACGAUGCAAAUGAGAAUCGAAGGUUUAUUAAGGCUUCGUACCUUCGAUUUGGUUCUCCCCUGAAGACGCUACUAAAUGGAUAAAUAUGUUUCCAUCUUCGGUUUCUGGGAAUGGCAGUUAUUUCUGUGAAACACAAUGGAAUAUAAGAAAUUACUAAGUAAAGACAGACAUACAUAUUCGGGAUAUCCGAGCUGUUUAAGAGAUGGACAAGUCAUAGAAUGCAGGGUGGCGCGUCGGGCAUAGUGCAUGCAAACCGAUGCUCAUAAAAGUAGCAGUACAUUAAUAUCUAAGCAACAGUAGUUGAAUAGCACAUUGCAGCUAUGUCCCACGUAUAUAAUCGGUCGGUGGAACUACACACAGGAACAAACAAAGGAAGGCCGAUAUUCCUGUUCAAGUUCGGAACCUGGCCAACGAUCCAGUCAACACGAUAACAGUUUCGAAUAAUAGGAGGCUUGCACACAUAGGUCGAAAACGAUGCAGUCUCAAACGAAGUGAUGAUUGCAUUGGCAGGAUCACUUCAUUCCCGGAUGAACAAUGCUUGCUUCCAUGCAGUGAACACAAAUCGGUAACAGCGUUCCUACGGCCAUUAUCUAUAUAUACCAGUAAUAAUAACAACCUGAUCCUCAACUUCGGCUCUUGUUAGAGAAACGCAAAAAAGAUUGGGUGUACGAAAGAUUGCAGUGCAGUGGCCAGCCCGUAUAUAUCGUUAUAAACUACUAUACUUCGAAAUAUAAAUCAGACGAAACGCUAAUAAAGAGCGGCUAUAUUUUAUGAGGUAACACCGUAUAAGGUCGCUAAUAUGCUUCGAAGGUGUUUACAUGGUUGGACAGAAAGGUAAGUGCAUCUUUGUGUAUAACAAGGAGAUCUAGGGAAGUGAAGCACAAAGUCACACGAUACGGCAAUACGAAUCCCUGUGUACUAAAAUCCUGCUACCUCUGCCCUGUCGAUUUUCGCAUGGACGACGGCCAACGUGGAUAUCGCUAUCAUUAACUGGCGGUGGAGCAGUGUUGGAUUGCAAGAGCGUCAUCUGACAGUUUCCCUUCGAUUGAUUGACACUUAUUUGGUAAAACAGCCUUCGCCCCUUACUUGUCCACUGAGGGGAGAACAGCUCGUCACGUGUGCAUUAGUGGCGUGCUAUGACUAUUACUCUUUAGAGAAAGUGUCAUCUAUACGUAUAUGUAUAUAUACAUGUGUGUGUGUAUAUAUAAUAGCAGAAAACUAGUACUAAUACUACUAAUAAUCAACUCCAUAAUUAGAGAGCCAUUUGAAUCCAUCACCAAUGAGGCACAAACCGGCAUAUAUAACUUCUACAGAAAUUGGCAGUGGCUCAUUCUUCGUGAUAGUGUACGCGUGACGGACGCUGCAGGAACGGGUAGCAUAUUGUUAACGUUCUCCGGAACAGAGCUAAAUAGAGAUAAAAAAAAAAUGAUCGGAGCAUUGCUUAUGUUCAAGGUAUUAUCUAAUCGGUACGAUCCUUUAUCAUCAUCGUACUACUAUAUGAUGCGUAUCUAAAUAG